AAUCUUCAUCUCCUCCGUCAUAGCAACGGGCAGUCUUUUCGUUCUUCAUUUUUUCUGAAACGUCCUACCUUUCUUGCGCUCAUCCCUCCGAUUACCAGCUACUGCACCCCAACCCGCACGCCGCUGUCUCAGCCGCCUGAAAAGCUCGCCGCUGCUACCCCCCGUGUCACGCUCUCUCGUCUCUUUGCGCAAUCAGUGCUACUUAUAGGCUUCAGCUCCUAACCGCCGCCACUGAUAAGAGUACAAACAAUGGGACUGCCAAAUGCUGCUUCUGGGGACUUGUCGUCGGAAAUGGAGGUUGAUGCUUUUAGAAGACUCUUUCCAAUUCAGUUUUUUGAGCGUCAUCUCGCUGAAUCAAUACGUCCUGAUGGAAGAGCACUGGGAAAAGCUAGAGAUACAACCAUUGCUCUUGGACCAGUAUCAUCUGCGAACGGAUCAGCCCUGGCUAAGGUUGGUUCUACGACAAUGUUGGCUGCUAUUAAAAUGGAGGUAAUGACGCCUUCCAUAGAGUCACCGGAUGAGGGUUGCAUAGCUGUCGAUUUCCACAUGCCCCCCAUAUGCUCUCCAAUUGUUAGGCCUGGGAGACCAGCUGAAGCAGCACCUGUGAUUUCAAAGCAGUUAUCUGACACUAUUUCAAGUUCUGGGAUGAUUGAUCUGAGAGAACUAUCUCUUGUUAAAGGAAAAGCUGCGUGGAUGGCAUACUUGGAUAUUUACUGUUUGGAUGCCGACGGAUCUCUAUUCGAUGCUGCACUUCUUUCUGCAGCUGCUGCAUUUUCUCACUUGCAAAUCCCUUUUGUGGCUCUAAAUGACGAUGGAAAAGUAGUAUUUGUCUCUGAGGAAGAAGGGGGAGAAAACUUUGAGAAGGAAGCUGUCAAUAAAGAGAAAAGGAAACUGAAAUUGAACUCCCUUCCUUUCUCAUUAACAUGCCUACUCCACAAGAAUUACAUCUUGGCUGACCCUACUGCGGAGGAGGAGUCUGUCAUGGAAACUAUUGUAACCGUGGUCUUGGAUUCAUCUGGUCAACUAGUGUCCUUCUACAAACCGGGUGGAUCUGUGCUUGCCUAUACAUCAGCUGUUCAGGAUUGUGUUGCACUGACGAGACAAAGAUCAAAAGAACUACAGAUGAUUUUGGAUGAAGCAAUUUCUGGUAUGGAAAUUGACUAAGUUUUAGGGAGGCCUUCUAUAUUUUUUUUUUCCUGGUUUAAUGAAUGAAAAGCUGAAUGGUUUGUAGGCUUCCAAUUAUAUACUUAGUUUGGUUGUCUAAAGAAUUUUGGUGAUGAUAUUUGUUUUCCCUGGAGAUCGUUUUUCUUAGAAUUUGGUCUCAGGAAUCAAUUUUGGUGCAGGGGUCGGAUUUCUACAUU